CUAGAAAUAUGACACCAGCUACUCUUUUGCCAACUCUGAGCCUGAGCUCUUUUCUCAAACGAUUCCGUCUUUGCUUUGCACAUUAACAACAAAUAUCAAGCGCUUAAAAUAAUACAUCUGGCCUUUUAACACGUGGAUUUCGUGCAGUCACACAGAAUCCCCCAAAACAGCAAACCAGCUUGUGUUUAAUAUAAAGAAAAGAUUGGGACCCGUUUUUUGUGGUGCUUUCUGUGCAGUACACAUUGGGAAUAACGUGUUUUCGUCGUAUCUCAAGUUUGGAGUUACAGUUUUUAGACUGAUGUGAGUAAGGACUGCGUCAACAUCCCCGAAACUCUUCUUCUUUGUGUGCAUCCUUCCCUCGGGAUCUCAGCAAAGGCUCUUUUUUUCUGUGGAUAAUGUGAAUGGCCGUCUGCUUUGUUGAGGAUUGAUGUUUUUGCAAUAAGAAACGAUGGCACGUUUAGUAGUAAAAGUGUGUCUUUGCGCACUUUUCUUUGGACUUUUGUUGUUCAUGCUUCCAUCUGCACGAGCCGAAGAUGAUGUGGAGGAGGAGAGAUCAUGUCAGGGAGCCUUUGACUUGUAUUUUGUCCUUGACAAGUCAGGAAGUGUCAAACACCACUGGCAUGAAAUCUACAAUUUUGUCGAACAUUUGGCUGAGAAAUUCACCAGCCCUAUGCUGCGUAUGUCCUUCAUCGUGUUCUCAACCGGUGGAAACACAAUCAUGGGACUCACGGAAAACAGGGAGAACAUAAGAAAAGGCCUGAAUGCUCUGAGACGAGAGAUCCCAGGUGGAGAUACAUUUAUGCAUCUUGGUCUAGUUAAGGCAAAUGAGCAAAUACACCAGGAAAACUUUGGAACUGCAAGUGUCAUAAUUGCACUGACAGACGGUGAGCUUCAAGAACAUCAGCUGAUAGCAGCUCAACAAGAGGCAGCACGAGCUCGGGCAUUGGGUGCAAUCGUGUAUUGUGUUGGAGUUAAGGACUUCAAUGAAACACAGCUGGCCACCAUAGCGGACACCAGUAAGCACGUGUUUCCCGUCUUGGGAGGAUUCCAGGCGCUGAGAGGAAUGAUUGACUCGAUCAUCAAAAAAUCAUGCAUCGAGAUAUUGGCAGCGGAGCCAUCCAGCGUAUGUGCAGGAGAGUCGUUUCAAGUGGUGGUGAGAGGCAAUGGGUUUCGACACGCCAGAAACAUAGACCAGGUCCUGUGCAGCUUCAAAAUCAACGACACGCUCACGCUCAACGAGAAGCCUGCGAGCGUCGAGGACACGUUCCUGCUGUGCCCUGCGCCUGUUAUAGAUGAAGUUGGAAAGGUGGUGUACCUGCAAGUCAGCAUGAACGAGGGUCUGUCGUUUAUCACCAGCUCCGUUCACAUAACCACAACCGAGUGUUUCGACGGCACCAUCCUCCUGAUCACCCUGCUGGUGUUGUUUCUGUUGUUAGGUCUGCUCUUCAUGUGGUGGUUCUGGCCGCUCUGCUGCACCGUAGUGAUCAAGGAACCUCCACCUCCUCCACCUCCAGAGCCAGAGUCAGAUGACGAGGAUGGGAUGCCAAAGAAGAAAUGGCCCACAGUGGACGCGUCGUAUUACGGCGGUCGAGGGGUCGGAGGAAUUAAACGAAUGGAGGUUCGCUGGGGAGGCAAGGGCUCUACAGAGGAGGGAGCAAAGCUGGAAAAACCCAAAAACGCUGUCAUAAAGAUGCCCGAGCAGGAGUUCGAACCCUUUGAACCCAAGCCCAAAAAAACAAACAGGAAGCCAGUUCAAGACAGGAAGUGGUAUUCUCCCAUCAGGGGUAAAAUCGAUGCGAUCCUUGCUCUUUUCCGACGUGGAUAUGAUCAAGUUUCACUUAUGAGGCCACAGCCGGGAGAUCAUGGUCGAUGUAUCAACUUUACACGAGUCAAAGAGGAGGCGGCGGCGGCAGCAGCGGCAGCCAAAGCUCCUCCACGAGCUCAAAGUGCACCUCCACCUCCACCAGACUACCAGACCGAUCCCAGCCCCAUCAGCUCCCCUCCAAACAGCCCGCCUCCGAGAGGACCGCCACUGCCCCAGCCUCCGCCGGGACCCCCGCCCGCCCGCGUCCCCCCAGGCCCGCCCUGUCCCCCUCCGUCACGCGCCCCGCCGAGCCUCGCCAGCAGACCAUGAGAAACACAUCCAGUCUCCGCCUCCAGUGCAAUCCAUCCUCACAGCCAAACUAAAUGCUCCUCUCUCCAAAAAACACCCAGUAUUAUCAGUCAGGUUUGAUUAGGAUGUGGUGUGUAGUUUGUUGCUGGACAGCAAAAAAAAAAAAAAAAGGAAGAAAAGCAAAAGAAUUAACUGUCGUGACAAAAAUUCAACUACUGAGUUUUCCAUACGCAGAUUAAGAGAGACCGGUUUCAGCUUUCUGCUCUUUUUUUUUUUUUUCUUGAGGCUGGACAGAUUAUUCCCGUUGCGUUCAUCAUGUACAGAGCAUUUUAAAGCACAUAUGAAUCCUAUGAGCUUUUGAUAUCAUGCCAAAAUGUCCAAAGUAACCAGUAUUAGAUGCAAUGUUAUAUUGUACGUGCCUCUCUAAUAUUUAGAUUUUUUUUUUUUUUUUUUUAUUCAGUGUUGAGUUGCAGUUUUUCCAACAGUUGUUGAGUUGCAGGUCCUCUCAGGUGAGUCUCUGAUCCUGUUCAAAAGAUUGAGUCGAUGUGACUAAAGGGGAAUAUCAUCGCACUGCUAAAUGUUAAGAUGAGUGCAAGUGAUGAAUGCGUAAAGGCUGGGUUGGAUUGUUUCUUUUACUGUAGAUGCACGAUUAAUGUCUUAGUAUGUCACAAGGUCCUUCGUUUAGGUUCAGCUUAUGUGCAGCAUUUGGUUGCUGGAAUUUUGACAGAUUCUCGAAGGUGCAACAGUGGGAUUCAAGAAUGGCUUCGAUUUUUAUUUCAGAUCUUUUUCUGCACUGAAAAAAAAAUGGGAACCUAAAAAUUGACAUUUAAUGGUUUUGUUCAAAUCAUAAAAUAGAAUUUAGCAUUACUGAAUAAACCUAAAUUCAUGCAUUUAUAGCAACAAAACCUAUUGUUAUGGGUUAAAUCUGGUAAAAAUGGCCCUUUAAGGUAACAAUUGCAGUUUACCACUUUUUACAGUGUGGGUGAAUUUCAUGAAAACAUCUCACAUUUCACAACAAAAUAGAAAGAAAUAAUAAAAAUAAAUAUUCCAUUUAGCACAUUUAAACCCCCAAUUCUCAUUACUGUAAUGUAAAGCAUCAAGAUUGUUUUUUUGUUUUUUAUUAUUAUUAUUUUUAUUAGAUUAUCAGUUUAGUAAUACACUUCUCUAAAUUGCAUCAUGAUAUUUUAUUGUCAGCGUUUCAUAAUAAUGUUUGAGUAGUGUGUGGGAUUUAUAAUUUCUUUUUUUUUUUGUUGUUUAUACUUGACUUUCAUUCAACACCUAAAAAUGAUUGGGGUUUGUGAGACACUGUGUUGUAAAUGUAAGAAAUAUGCAUGCAAAUAUUGUUGACAUUCAAGAAACAAUAAAAAAGAUAUCUGCAAUUUUUAAUCGCAAAACAUUUCAAUUGCAGAUUUACAUCUCGCCAUUCAGACUUUUGUUUUCUCAGAAUUGCAAGUUUAAAUCUCACAAAGAAAAACAGUGGCAAUUACUUUUUAUAUUUGUUAUCUUGUGGCAGAAACAAGCUUCCACAAAUAUAUAAUGCAAUAUUUAUACCCGCAUAUAUUAAAGGAAGUACAACAAAUAUAACCAUGAUGUAUACAUACUAAAUAUAUAUAUAUUUUUUAAAUAAUAAUUAUAACAAUAUAUAUAUAUAUAUAUAUAUAUAUUUUUUUUUUUUUUUUUUUUUGCAUUAUGGUAAUGAGAAUAGAGGGGCUGUCCUAAAUGCGAAAUGACUGAAAGAUAAAAGUCAAUUGUAUUUUUUUAUGAUCCAGGCAUGAUCUUGACGGGUUUCAGUAAAUCAAGUUUGAUUUUUGUAAAGGUUGAACCUCUAAAUGCAAAGUCAGGUCAGUUCUCGUCAUGUUUUCUGUAUUCCACAGCUGUACUGUACGUGUGUCGAUAUUGCGUUUCAUCAUCAAACAUAUUGCAACUGCAGGGCAGUUCACAGCAUUUAAUUUAUUAUCCCCACACCUAAAGGAAGGUACUUGAAUAUGACAAGGUGUCCUCCGUUACAAACAGGACACUGUGCAAGAAACCAAAAAAAAAAAAAAUCACAUAUCCUCAGAUAACAGCCAGUGCCUUCUAUGUGUUUGUUUUGUUUUUUACUUUUUUAUACAUCAUUCAAAUAUGAUACAGUAGCACUGUUUAUACUUCUGUUGUAAUAAAAAGAUUGGUGCAUGGACUUUGUUUUCCAGUUCUUGUGCUCAGCUGAGAACAAGCAGAAACUUUCACUUCUCCCAGUUUUUAAAAUGAGAUAUAAUCUAGACCAAACCAAAGCUAUUGAUGGCAACAGCUGCAGUGUGAUGCUAUAGGUUUGUGCUUUUGUUUUGUUUGAUUUCAGUCAUUUGAAACAUUGACAUCUGUACUAUUCCACACACACACACACACACAAAGUUGAUACCAGAAUUAUAAUUCACAAUUAUAUUGUGUUAUGAUGUAGUAAGUGUAUUAACAACAAUACUGAUGCAUCUAUUGAAAGGCUCAUAAAGUUUUCUUUCUCACAGUAUUAAUAAAGGUCAACGUUCAAGCUUUCA